CAAACAUUACGACAGUUGUCUUUUUUUUUGUGCUUUUUAUUUACUAUCUCGACAUGUCUAUUCUCGAUCUUAGCCAAGAAAUCAUUCGUGAGUUAUUUCAUUACUCAAGUAACCUUUUACAAUGUUCUCUUGUCUGCAAACGCUGGAAUGCGACGGCCCUUCAAUUAUUGUACAGGGAAGUGACAUUACAUCCUUGUCACCUUCAUCACACCAUGCAACAAUUAAAACUUGAUCCUAAAGAACGCGAUGGCUAUUUCAAAUACGGCCCUUUUGUCAAAAAACUCAAAUUCAGUGAUAAUUCUUCUGGAUCUACGCAACGUCUACCAUAUAACUUGAUCGGCGUGGAUAUGACGAUGAAUGAAGAGGAUUUCAUAUCACUUUUGGAGUGCCUACCAAAUCUUGAAGAAUUGGAUCUGGGUCACUCUCUCCAAAUUCCUCAAUACCAAAUAUACAUACUCUACACAGAAUCAAAAAAAUGCCUAAAUCACUUGCAAGUUCUAAAGCCAUCACCGCGGUCUGUUGAACAUACAUUUUCAGCACUUGAACGAUACUUUGAAAUUGCAUACAAGUAUCGCGCAACAAUAACCGAAACCGUAUUGUAUGACCAAUAUCUCUUUUCAUGCGGAGACGACGAUAAAUCAAGUCUUGCUACUUUAAGCCGUUUAACCAACUUGACCCGCUUGACAUUGGUAAAUACUUCGGAUGAAGAUUUGACAACGCUCGGUAUUUUAAAAUCCUGUCCAAAUCUCACUAAGCUAGUGUAUGAAAGUACUAUGCCUAUUCCUGAUGCAGCUGUAAAGAAACUCUUGGAUAAUUUUGACUGCAGCAACUUGGGUCGUAAUUUAAAAACUUUCUGUAUCACCAUACCAACAUUGCCAUCAAAUUACGUAAGGUAUCUGACAAAUUGUCUCUCUCCAAAGGUUGAAUAUGUUGCUAUCUGUCUGGAGGAGUAUUUACACGAAUGGAUCCAGAAUAUUGGGAUGAAAGAUGCUUUAAAGCUCCUUAGCCGAUUGGGCUCAGGAAAAAGAGCCACCUUCAGCUUGAACACAUUUGGAGAUUCUGCAAAAAGGGAAGCUCGCUAUAACUCCAAAAUAACGAACUUUUUCAGGUUGAUAGAUGCUUUCAAGGGGAACCGGGAGAUGUACGGCCAUCUGGUAUUUAGAAGCGUUGAUGAGAAUUCUUACGAUCCGACACCAGAAUUCCUAAUUGAUAAUACAAAGGGAGAACUAAAUUUGAAUUAUACACUGGAGAUGAAUGAAUACUUCCUUUCAGACGAGAUGAACGUUGACCACAGAACUUUUAAAGCCAUUUUACCAGAUGUUUGCAUUUCAAAUAUUGGUCUAGAGAUUAUUAACGACAUGAGGGUGGAUAUCGACCGCAGUAGUCCAACGAUACCAUACAGUUUCUUACAGUACGCCAUUAAAUAUUGUCCAAAUCUGUCGCGCUUCAGGUUUUCGUACCUAGAACAGCCCUUUGAAAGCUUUAGCGUUUGUACUGUGGCCCAUCCGGAUAAAAAAAAGAAGAAUAAGUGCCUUCUACAAGAAUCUCCAACAGAAGGUAUGAAGGUCGUCCGAAUUGUAGAUCGUGUUCCGGAUGAGACAUGUCUAGGUUAUUUCUCUGCGCUUUUUAAAAAUAUAGAGGUUCUGUUACUUGACUCUAAAUAUGGCGUUCUCGAUCCUCCAUUAACGACCGAAAUUGAUAUCACAGACUUCAAAAAUUUAAACACGUUUGGUUUUUCUUUGGAUUUGGUUUACGAGCCUGAAGAACAUGUAAUGAUUAUUCACUUUUUAUUUAGUGAUGGUGACGAAGCGUGUUUUAUUCUGGAUGACCGAUUUCAUCAAUCGGGAAUACCUGUGCCCCUGGAUUUUUUACAAAAAUGGAAAGAGGAUGACGGAAUCCGACCUGGAAAUAUUAUUACUGUUAAAUGCAGGAAAGACACUAAGAUUAUUGUAGGUUCAUCUCACUAUGGAGUACUUGCCGAGUUUGACAACGGUCUUCCACUCGACUAUAUUAGCAUUACUUCAGAUUUACUUGACUUACGGGCAGAAGAUAUAUUUUAUUUUUAAAAACUCAAUAAAAAUUGAUUUGAAACUCGUAAUAA